CUGAGGAACGCUUACUGUUACUUCGGCAGGGCUGAAAGCAAAAAGGUGUAAAAAUGGGGAGAUAAUAUACCCACUUUUCAGUUGAAGAGCUGAGCUAACCUGACCCAAAGGUGCAGCCUCCGGUUCCGAAGAGGCACAUGAUUGACAUUCUUGGUCUGAAUUAGUAUGACCCAGUAUCAGCCGCAGACUAGCCACUCCAAUUUCUUUAGCGCUGUCAAAGCAGAACCUUUGUCUGUCCCACCCCUCGCCGCCAGCAUGGCAAACAGCACGACAGGCCCAGGAAAGAUCCUGGGUACACCAGCUGGGAGACUGAGCCCCGAGGGAACCCAGGUGUUGAGUAAGAAAAAACUGCAGGAUUUGGUGAGAGAAAUUGACCCGAAUGAACAACUGGACGAGGACGUGGAAGAAAUGCUGCUGCAGAUUGCUGACGACUUCAUUGAGAGCGUCGUCACAGCCGCCUGCCAGCUGGCUCGCCACAGGAAGUCCAACACUUUGGAGGUGAAGGAUGUCCAGUUACACCUGGAACGCCAGUGGAACAUGUGGAUCCCUGGCUUCGGCUCUGAUGAGAUUCGGCCGUAUAAGAAGGCAUGCACCACAGAGGCCCACAAACAGAGAAUGGCACUGAUCCGUAAAACGACCAAAAAAUAGCAAGAUUUUGAACCCCCGACACCCGCCAAACACCUUUUAUUAAAGUUUCUUUUCUGUUCUCUCUCUCUCAAAUUUGGGGCUUGGGGAAGGGUAAGAGUAAGACUAUAAAGAGUUACAGCAGAUCGCAUCAUGCAGAUUGUGUGUGUGUGUGUGUGUGUGUGUGUAGUUCACAAAACAAAAGAGGAAACAAGUGUUCACUGUCGACUGGAAUGCGUCUUCAUUUCUGUUGUGUCUGUACCAUUAACCACCCUUUCUCUCUUUCACAUCUCAUUUUUGAUAAAAACCUGUUCAAAUUCAACGUCUACCACUUUUAGUGAGUGUUGACUUCAAGUAUCUGUGCUGUAUAUUUGCUCUGGUUCAUUUUAUUUGUCAUACUUUUCUGCAUAACUGAAGCCCCAUGUUGUUCAAAUGGAGAUGUCAAGUCGGAUGAAGCAAAUCAAUGAUCUGUCACUGGGUUUUUUUAGCUUCUCCCUCCUCACCAUGACUUGCAAUAACAAGUUCCUUUUCACGAUCCAUUUGGUUGGAAGCUGUUCGGCUCCCAUAUGUUGAUGUUUCUGUACAGGUGGUAAUACCACUAAGGACUGUCACGCUGUAGCGACUUGGCCUGUGUCCUUGCUGUCGUGUGUUCCAUUGUGCUCAGUGUCGUAGGAUUUUGUCACAUCAAUCAUAUUAAUCUCUUAUAGAAAUAUGAAGGCUUUCUAGAUGUGUGUAUGCCAUUUCUUUAGGUUCUCAGCAGUGUUCUCUGCUGUUUAAUUUACUGUCCUCUGCUGGAGAAGGAUCCCUUUUGUUAUCACGUUCCUUGUCCAUCAGAAAUGAUACAUUUAUUAUCCUUCAUAGGUGUUUUCUGACUGUAUAAAGCCUGAUAUUAAUCAAGGUGAGGGGAUUAAUUGUGAGGUAUGGCAUAUAUGUAUAGCCACUCUGCAGUGUACUUGGGUUGAAAUGAGGUUUUCUGGGAGGGGAAGGGGCAAUACUUUUCACCAUGUAACACAGUGUUUUACUGUAUCUUGUAUUUUGUUUUGCUUUUUUCAUGAAUAAAUACAAGACUUGGAUUUCA